GUGAAUAAACAAUGUUUUUCUUCAGACAUUAUUUCUUGUUUGUGCAGGAAGGUUCAAUAAAAAAGGUUCUUUAUAUUUCCUUUGCUUCUAAGCCCUUGCAACAAGCAUUCAGUUGUUGAAAGAACAGAUUAAUCUGUAGUGUGGGAAGCUGAAACAGGAAUCAUGAAGCUGGAGGUGCCAGAAACAUUUAAAGAUGUUGCUAUUGAGUUUUCAACAGAAGAAUGGAAGAUUCUGAGUAAACAGGAGAAACAGCUUCACAGAGAGGUGAUGGUGCAGAACUACCAGCACAUGGUUUCAAUAGGUUAUAACAUCCCACUAGAGCAUCUUCUGUUUCUGAUUAACAAAGAUGAUGAGGUUCCAUCAGGAGCUACAGAAGGAGGAGGGAUUGUUCCAGAAGUCACUUCCUGAUGCCACCUUCAGCAUUGACAGGAAUACAAAAUGCCGUGGAAAGUUUCAUCAGUCAUCACUUGGAAAAGGUAAAUAUUUUGACUGUGAAAAGGCCUUUUCUGACGGAGGAUACUUCACAGUACAUGACUUUAUUCAUCCUGAAAUCAGAAACAAUAAAUUUGGGAAGAGUGACAAGGAAUGUAACCAAAAAACUGAAUCAGAAGUAGUACUGGAAGGGUGCCAAGUAGAUAAGCAGUGCAAGCAGAUGGUAUACAGAAGGAAUUCUACUUUUUAUAGUAGCACCAUACAUAGUGAAUUAACUCACAAUGAGAAAAUACAAAAAACAAACACAAAAAAAACUGUUGUAGAAGAACCAUAUAAAUGUGCCACACGUGACAAAGGGCUUACACAGAUGCACAACCUCGUAGCACAUCAGAAUGGCAUCUGUGCAUAUCAUAGUACUAACAAACCAAAGCAAAUUAGUGAAAUUAAACAAAGGCAGAAACUCCACAAGUGCACCACAUGUGAUAAGGGUUUUGCAAGGAAGGAUACUUUGGUGCAGCAUGAGAUUAUCCACACUGGACAGAAACUUCAUAAAUGUGCCACGUGUGGUAAGAGUUUUACACAGAAAGGCUACCUGGUAAAGCAUCAGAAUAUCCACACCAGGCAGAAUCUGUAUCAAUGUACUACUUGUGACAAGAGUUUUAUAUGGAAGCAGCAACUAGUAGUACACCAGACUGUCCACAGUGAACAGAAACCACAUAAAUGUGCCACAUGUGACAAGAGUUUUGCUCAGAAGUAUCAGCUGAUAAUGCAUCAGAAUGUGCAUACGGGAGAGAAGCCUUAUAAAUGCACCACAUGUGGCAGGAGUUUUACUCAGAAGAACUACCUAGUAAAGCAUGAAAACAUCCACACUAGGCAGAAAAUGCAUAAAUGUGUCACGUGCAACAAGGAGUUUACACGGAAGGAAUACCUGGUAAUGCAUCAGAAUAUUCACACUGGGCACAAACCCUAUAAAUGCACAAUGUGUGACAAGAGUUUUACAAGGAAGGAUAAUUUGGUACUUCAUCAAAGUAUCCACACUGGUCAGAACCUAAAAGAAAGGCAGAAACGUCAUAAAUGUCUCACUUGUGGUAAUAGUUUUGCACGGAAAAGCUACCUAUUAAAGCAUGAAAAUAUCCACACUGGGCAGAAUCUGCACAAAUGUACCAUUUGCAGUAGGAGUUUUAUACAGAAGGAGCACUUGAUGGCGCAUCAGAAUGUCCACACUGGACAGAAGCUGCACAAAUGUACUAUAUGUGACAAGAGUUACGCACUGAAGCAUCAUCUGAUAAUCCAUCUGAAUGUGCACAGGGGGGAGAAGCCUUAUAAAUGCACCACAUGUGGCAAGAGCUUUACACGUAAGGACCACUUAGUAAAACAUGAGAAUAUUCACACUAGAGAGAAACUAUACAAAUGUGCCACAUGUGACAAGGGUUAUACUCAAAAGCAUAAGCUGAUAAUGCAUCAAAAUGUGCACACUGGGCAUAAACCUUAUAAAUGCACUACAUGUGGCAGGAGUUUUACAUGUAAGGACUACUUAAUAAAACAUGAAAAUAUCCACACUAGACAGAAACUAUACAAAUGUGCCACGUGUGACAAGUGUUUUACACGGAAGGAAUACCUGGUAAUGCAUCAGAAUGUCCACACAGGGCAAAAACCCUAUAAAUGUACCAUAUGUGACAAGCAUUUUACAAGGAAGCGUUAUUUAAUACAGCACCAAAAUAUCCACACUGGUUUUGCAGUACAGGACUAGAAACCAUCUUGUUGCAGGUUGCGAUACGCUCAUGGCUUAAGGUUUGUAUACUGAAAGAUAUAACAAUGCGGCAAAGUCAUUACACUGGAGACUUUGCAAAAAUUCCAACACAGAGACAGCUGACAGACAUUAGAAAUGUAAACCACAAAGGAUUGUUGAAAAUGAUGAAGCAAUGAUUAUGUGGGAUCACCCCCUACCAGCAGCUGACAAACAUUGAAAAUGUAAACCACAAAGGAUUGUUGAAAAUGAUGAAGCAGUGAUUCCCCCCAUACCAGCAGCUAAGAAGGUAGAAGCAAACAAACCGGAUGUUGUCGUUCAAAAGAAAAAGACAGAAAUAGCUGUAAUUAUUGAAAUUGGUACACCCAGUCAUCACAGUGUCUUCUGAACAGAAGGAUAUAAAUUUGUAAAAUAUCAGGACUUACAUAUUGAAACUAGAGCAAUGUGGAAUAAGGAUACACAGAUAGUUCCAGUUGUAGGAGCAAUUGGGUUAAUAAAAAAGAAUCUUCAACACAUCUAAAUAUGCUGCCAAUAAAAGUAUUUCCUUAUGAACUGCAAAAAGGCAGUUCUGGGUAGCUUGUGGUUGAUGUUAAAUGUUAAAGACUGAAGCAAAACUGAUUUCAUGAAAUUUAAUUGUGCCCCGAGUUAGGAAUGGGGUCCAUUCCCAUCAAGGUAUGUAAAAACCUGUGCUUUUGGAGAAUAAACAGUCAGAAACUUUAUAGCUGCGCCACCUAUGCUAAAAACUUUACACAGAAAGGCCAUGAGAAUAUCCACAGCAGGCAGAAUCUGUAUAAAAGUACCACUGUUGACAAUAACUUUAUAUGGCAGAAACACUUGGUGAUGCAUAAGAUUGUCUGCACUGGGCAGUAGGCUAUAAAGAUAAUAAAAUCUACUGUUAAACAAAGCCGUACUAGACAGCUCUCAAGUGGGAGGAAUCUUGGGUACAGAAAGACUAAAAAAGCAUUUGUCGACAUCCCACUUUCAUGGAUUAUGUAUACAUGUACACCGUGCGCUGACCAAUUAUGUAGCAGUCACUAUAAAACUGAGGCAGACCAUUUUUAACCGAGUCUUGGAAAAGGACAAAUUAUUAUCCUGGAGAUAAAAAUCCAAAGGGGGAUGUUCAAGAGAGAUUCUUUGUCACCAGUGCUGAUUUGUCUUGCACUUAACUUGUUAAGCUGUUUAAAGACUAGAAUAGACUGAUGGUUACAGCUUAACUUCCAGAUACGAACCUUGCUAAAUGAUAUAUCAUCUCCUCUUUCUGGAUGAUUUAAAACUAUAUAGCUCAUCAGAAGCAUCUGAAAGUACAACUACAGAUGGUUAAAAUCAGAUGAUGUACAAAUGAUAUUUGGCCUUGAAAAAUGUUCAUAAGCAACAUUUAUAGCAAAAAAAAAAAUGAAACACCAAGAAAAAUAAAGCUGAUACUGAAAACUGCCUAGACAUCUGUAAAUAAAGUUAAGGCUUUUGUUCUA